AUGACACACCAGCGCCCAUGCAUGAAGCGCGCUGACGGAUCGUCAAGCUACUUUAUCAACGACCUUAUCAGCGCCGCCAACACGAAUGAUCGAUUCAAACUGCUUGAAGACGAUGCAAUACUUCCCGCGAACCUUAGUAACGCAAUUCAUCCCCUAUUCCGUCAGCUUGAGGGCGAUGAGCGGCUGCACCUAGCGUUACAGGUGGCAUCGCACUUUCUCUUACAUGAUCGACUUCUCGAAUUCUUCGUGCCCUUGCUUCACGGUUGUGUGAUGCACGAUCCGCAGUCGUCGAAAGAGUAUUUGUGCGAUCCCCUAGUCCAUGCGUCUAAAGCAAAGCAGGCACUGUUACUUUCAUCAGUGCGCCAGUCGCUGGACUGCCUUGCUGAUCGACUUGAGAUCAGCUUCGUAAGUCAGAAGCAACGCGUUUGGGCUCGUACAAUCAUGGAUGACUCGACGUUGAUGGAUUCGUGUUGUUGUCGAGCCUUUCAAACUCGAUUAUCUCCCAAGAUCGAACUCACUGAAAAGUUCUCGCAAUUCUACUAUGCUGCAGACGGGUACGCGACAGCGACUCGUUCAGGCCAGUUUCGGCACGACUUCCUUUUCGCUGUCACACUUGUGCAUGAGGUCGUGCAUGCUGUAGGCGUGAUGCGUCGAGGCAACCUCAAUGAGCCUCACUAUCGACUAAAUUCUCCCGAAACCGAGUGGGGUUAUGCUUGGGAAAACUUCAUGUUCGGCAGAAUCAUCAAUCCGCAGGAUAAGACCAAAGCUGGCACACAAAUACUAAUGUGUAAAGUCUGGGCUGACGCCAAAGCAGCAAAUGUGAACGGCGGUAAGGAAUACAGUGACGUUUCCAUGUCUUGGAUCGCACAAUGGUUCCGUAACGAGACCUGGAACAUUGCUAGAAAACAAGGCCCAACCGCUAUCGCACUACCAACAACCCACUUCAAGAUACAGAUCUCUCACAAGCUCGGUGCUUGGAUAGUGCGGUCAGACAAUCCCAGUGUGUGCAAAGACAUCGCGGCUCUGUACAGGCUGUGGCAGUUGUACAAUCAACGCUUCGAAGCUGAAGACUGUUCUUUCGACAGCAGGAAGAUCUCCAACUUGGUCUACUACAACGGGCUCACGGCAACAGAGUUACAAGUCCCGAAUGUACCAGUACCUCAGCGGGUACGCGACGCGCCUAAGCCUUCCAUGAUACGGAAGUUGCUGUCGUCGAAAAGGCAGAGCAUGAAGAAAUCGACUCCGUCAGCAAACAAGUACACAUCAGUGACUAACACACCUCUCGUCGCGGUUCGCCGCGGAAUCUCAGCCUGCGGUGCGCAGCGGAAGCGACCAUUGGAUAACGAUGACUACUUCUUGCCACCGGUUUCGAAGCGUAUACGUCCACCUCCACCGGCAUCUGGAUUCACACCAAUCAAUACGCCUCUGAUCGCAGUCCAUCGUGCAUCAUCACCAUGUAGCAUACGUUGGAAGCAACCAGCGAACGACGACGAUGCCGACUUUUUACCGCCAACUAGGAAGCGUUACACCGCCGUUUCGCGAGAUCACAUGCUCUCAUCAGCCCUGCCACCAAGUGUCUAUAUGGCGAAUGCUGCACUUCCAGCUCGCUACGAGUGGCCGCAUAGUGGUCUUACAAAUGACGAUCAAUUCAGAAACAGUGAACAGCGUGGAAUACUGUUGAGUGACGAUUUGGGAAAGGAGGAUCUGCGAUACCCUGCCUGA